AUGAAGGUUACAGUUGCAUUUGGAGAAAUGAAGGUUGUUGUUCCUUGUGGAUCUGGCGAUUUUUCGGUCAAAGAGUUGGCCGCAAAGGCUGUGUAUAGGAUGAAACAUUCUUUGAAGUCCUCGUCAGACUUGGAUAGAAUAUUAGUUCAAAGUUUGUCAAUAUCUCGUGAUGGUGGUAUUUUGGACUGGGAUGAUCUAGUCUCUGACGUUUUGGACGAUCGUGAACAGCUUGUGGCGCAGUACUCCAUUGAGUCAAGCCUCCCGGGACCUGCUUUUUCAUCGACUUCGUUUACACCUGCUCCUACCUUGACUCCUCUCGUAUUUGAAAUUUCCCGGCUUCAUCGUACCAUCGGGGACCAAGAUCCCGGUGCCAACAGCAAUAUGCUGCUCAGCCACGCACGUAUUGGCCACAGUAAUGUUGCAGAUAUUUUUGAAGAUCCAAAUAAGGCGGACUCUGGCUACAAAUCAGAUCAUACACGACUGUUUUGUGAUCUUCCUUCACGAGUAGCCGGACGUCAGGCGCUUGUGACGCCACCUCUUCCCCCGCCUAUUGUAUUCGACUAUGAUAAAAAUGCAGUUUCAAGCACAAUGCCACAGCAUUCUGUGAAUAAGGUCACUCCACAGUCCCCUACUUCCUUUGAGACACCCUCCACCAACACUCGUUUGGGUCUUCCUUUCCUUGCAUCAGACGAUGUGGCCAUGGACAAGCUUUCUGAGGUUCUUUCAAGACAACGAGCACACUUAAAGAGCAAUUGGGAUUAUGGGAAAGACGACUAUGCAGAAGACGAUGAGGAAGCAGAUGCUGAUGACGACGAAGACGAUGUAGACGAAGACGACUUUAUGGAAGUCUCGGACGCAAUCAGUGGAAAAGGAACAGCAUUUUUGGCAAGUGCAAUUGCAAUCCCUACGACACCGGUCGCCGAGACAUCUAUGACCGCUAGUAGCUCUGGCAAGCGCUCAACGGCAACCAUAGGCACUGACGGUGAGGGCGGGAACUUCAGUGAUGAAGGUCUUUCCACCGUCAGGCGGGUUAUUCAACCCAAGGAGACCGAGUUCGCCUCUGGUCCUGACACUUCAUCAAAUUCGUCUUUCACUGGUACUCAGACUUCGAGGGCUCUGGAACCACUCAUCUCAUUUGCUGAUACUCCUCAAAAGGAAUCUUCAUUCCUGGACUGGGCGCCCUUUCAACAGCGUCAACAGUCUACUUUGGCUGAUCGUCAGCGUGUUCGCACUCCUCCGGUAAGCAGCGUUCGGAGGACAAUUCCGGAGGAGAGAGAAGGCGAUAAGGUGGAGGCAAAUCGGAACAAUCAUGCAUGUAAUCAACCACUUGUCAAAGCGAAAGCCAAGUCUUUUGUCCCUGGUGUCUGUAGACCAUUGCAGAAGACGAUUCAAGCUUUAGGAGACGAGGGCACAGAGGAAGAAGCUGAAGCUGAAGAGGACUAUCCCAUGCUUAGAUUGGAUUAUCGCCUUAAGGGAGAUGGUCAAGACGCAGACAUGGUGACCGGUAGUCCUCCAAAGUCAAAUCCAGCACCACAAGUACCAACAGCAGAUGAGCUCCACCAACCUAGUCGACCACCACAUCGAGGCUUGACCACCCCUGCCGUUCUACAGUGGUUGGAAUCUACUCAAGCUGCGACCCAAGCCGCUGGAGGGGGGAUUUCACCAUUUGCAACGCCUUCCAGCAUCAUCUCGGGCUCAAGUUCACUCGCGCACACCUCGACUGGGGUCUGUGAAGAGGAGACAAUCUCUGCCAGCCAGCACGACCUUGUCAGUCGUGUCAUUCGACGAAAUGUCCGCGAGGCCUCUGAGGAUCUUCGCCGAGGCUUUUUCCUCGCUGGUUACCAGUCAGAGCCGUUAACCAUCAGAUUUGCAAAUGCCAUGCCAGGAGAGAACUUGGGUAUUCAAAUUAAGCCCAUCUUUGCUGAUCCGUCGGAAAUCAUGUCUUUUGCAGGAGGGUUAACUCUACAUCCAAAUUUGAAUGGCAAAUGGCAAGUUGGAGCUGUGCAUUGGAAUGAAGCUGGACUCGAAGUUCAUGCCAUUAUGCCGAAUGGUAGAGUGGCACGUGAGGGCAUCUUAUCUGUUGGCGAUCGAAUUUUGAGCAUUAAUGGUACUUCGCUCAUCGGAGUUCCUUUUGAUAAAGGCAAAGACAUUUUUCAAGAAGCAUUGAAGAACCAAGAGUUAGUGCUCCGGGUGCUUCCUUACACUGGCAAAAUCGCUCGUUGCGCCUCUACGGCCAACGACUCUGGGCCCUGUUCAAGUCCACCUCUCCUUCCCACACGUGAGGUUGGCGCAGUCGUAACGGAUAAUGAGAAGCCCAAAUGUGGCCUUGUGAUAGUGGUUGAUAAUUCGGGGAAAGCGAAAGAGGCGGCAUCCUCAAAACCGGGUCCACCGCCCCCACCUAGACGUUCGCCACACACUGCACUGUCACAAGGACGGCAGCAGGCGAAUGAAGCAUCAGCGAAAGCCGCACCUAUUCUCCCUCCGAGACAGAAGCAAGAAGCCUCGCAUUCACAAGCCUUAACCUCCGGUCUGGAGACGAAAACUGUCCGUCUAAGAAAAGGGGCUUCUGGCUUGGGGUUCAGUUUAACCAGCCGGGAUCAACACCAAAGAAAGCCUAACUGUCUGGUCUUCAUCAAAAACAUCUUACCUGGUGGAGCCGCUCUUCUGGACGGCAAACUAAAGCCUGGUGAUCGCCUCCUUAUGGUUGAUGAUAAGGAUGUUUCUGAGUUGGGUCAAACGGCCACCGUGGCGUUGUUAAGGGAGAAACCAAUUGGAAGCCUGGUCACCCUUGUGGUCCUGUCUGGCCCCCACCAUCAGGGGCAGAGCUACUCCUCGACUCGAAACAGUGACGACACGCGGAGCAACAGAAUUGACUCGGCACAAAAUUUGCAGGAAGUCAACAAAGAAGAUUCCUUGAAAUAUUUUGCGGUGGACCCUACCGUGGUAAAGUUGCAUACCUUUGAAAUUCCAAUCUCCUGUGGCUCCAAGAAUGAAGCUACAGAACGCAUCGACCCGAAAACGUCCAACCGCUCCUUCUCCAUACCCUCUUCCUUGCUGGCUUCGGCCUUCACGCUGGGUGUGAGCGUGCGGGUGUGCCCCCUCAACACAGACGACUGCUCUGCCGAAGUCCUCGAAACUGCCAUGAAAGCCGUUGCUAAAACUACCGCUGUCACCUCUGCAGAAGUCACAUCUGACAUUAGUGUCCGCGAGGACUGCAGUAAAAACGGUGUCUUCGUGCGCACUGUCAUUCCUGGAGGCGCCGCACAUAAGGACGGAAGGCUAAAAGUGGAGGAUCGGCUGUUGGCGAUCGAUGAUCAUCCACUAUCGUGCCUAUCAUCUUCGGAUGCGCUCAGCUUGCUCAAAACCUCGAUUUCCCGUAUCACUGCUGAUAGAGAGCCCUUUGUCCGACUUCUAGUGGCUCGUAGAAUCCAUGGCGUCGCCGUGGAGGCACCACAAAUACAUCCAUCUCAAUCAACUACAACAGAGGCCCUGCCGAAGCGUCUUGGUAACUCAACGAACCUGAGGCGAAGCGAAGGUGCAAGCUCAGGGUCAUUGGACAGUUUGCUCAUCGAUGCAGCAAACCGCAUGAAUUCGUUUGUGGUGUCAGCAAACGUUCACCAGACGGCCCAAGAUGAAGCUCCUCAGCCCUCUACCUCCACGAGUGGGACUCGACAACAGUGCAGUGCUCUCAAAAAAGACCAAAAGACAUUUUUUGGUAAAAAGCAACCCAACCAACCCAACACCCUUCGGAAAUACUCCUCUCUCGAAGCAUUAAGAAGUCCUAAAAUUCUACUCGAAGCUCCAACUCAAACCGAACCGUCAGGGCAGAUUUACCGCUGUGACUCUCAAGGUACGGUGGAUACUACCACAGACUCCGAUUCCACAACCCUCAACGACCUGUCAGGAAGGGGCGUCGGGGACCAGCUUUCUGACAGCAGCGGAUACGACGUGUUGGCAGUGGGUGCUUCGUGCCUCUACGACGACGAAAAAUACACUUCAGGUGCUAUUUCUGAACCCGAAAUGUUGCCCAGCUUACAACGUCGGCGACGUGUGCGGCGGAAGGUGGGAGGAUCGAGGACGAGAAGCCGAUCCCGUAGGCGCGACGCCGGAGACAGACACCAGCGUACUGUCGUAGUGGUGAAGCAGCCCAAAAUUGAUUUGGACAAGAUGGUUGUCGUGGCUUUUGACAAGAGUCAGACCUCAGGUGGACUUCAGGAGUCGGUCGCUGUCCAAACGUCACCUUCGGAGGAGGAUCAGGAUUCCAACGACCUACAAAAACGGCGUACGAAUGUGCAGGUCCAACAAAGCAAGCGAAAUCAUCCAUCGGAAAGUGCAUUGAAGAAACUUCUUCGUUUCGUGAAGCCCUCGGGUCGAUCGCACUCGGAGUACACGCCUCCUGUUGCGCGAAUAUUUUCUGGUCGUAACCUUGACCGUGGCACGGUGGCUUACACCUCCACACACUAUCCGAGCCUACACCUACCCAUGAGGAGCCCCUUGACCACUGAUCUAGCAUGUGCUUCGACUGGUGCUGCUGGACGUCUCAUCUGCGAUGCUUCACGCCUCCAAAUUCAUCGUGCACGCCUCGUCGGAGACCGACCUCGAGUCCUCUUCCACCGCACUUGGAACCCCAUGGAUCCCACCCUUCUGUAUGCCAACAGCACACCCAUAAAGACUUUUCAAGCAUCUUUCUCACAAACCAAAAAUCAGCCACCUCCCAUCCUCCUUCCUCUGGAUUCAGACCUGAAAGCGACAUCGCCUUCCUUGGGAGCUAAUGCAACACCAGAUGCGGGAAACUACGUCUCUUUGGGGCAACAGCAGAACUACGCUGAACUGGCUUUCUCAUCAACGCCGAAGCAGUAUCAACAGCAGCGUCAGACUGUGCGUCUAGUUCACGGUAGUGCAGAUUCCACACUAGCCCACAUUCCUCCGCCAAUGGCGACACUGAGUCUGACAAAACUCAAGUCAGUCCUCUCCUCUUGUCCUCCGCAGCAGCCUCUUCCAGAUGAGGAGUUGGUUACUCCGGCAAUCGCUCUUGAUGGCAUAUCGCACAGUGGCAGUGGCGUUGGAGACUCUAAAAGCACCAAUAAAUGUACCAUCAAUCAACUGAAAGUUUACGAAGAUGCCGAGGCUCUCUACCGACAUCUUUCGCAUGUGAGAAUUGCUGAUGAGACAUCGUCAAUGACAAAUCAUUCGAUCCUUGAGCCCCCCAAUGCUUCCACCAGCUCUGUGCCGCAUACGGAUGUUAGCUGA